AUGUGCGAAUUGCGGCCAGAACUCAACGGCAAGAUGCACUGGCUGCAGGGACGCGCCGGAACACCAGCCCGGGAUUCUGUCGACGUUUUCUACUGUGGUCGUGAUUGUCAGGCAGGCCACUGGCCAAGGCACAAGGCCCAUUGCCAGAACAUGAGGAAACGAAGAAAGUUACUGCGAGCAGCAAACUUACUCAAGCUUGCUCUUUUAACCUACAGGGAGGUUGCUUUCGACGUUGACCUGAACAAGAUCGAAUUUCAGGACGGGUUACUCCGUCUUCACCAAAACCAAACUGCCAGACCUAAACGUCGCCUUUUUCCUAGCCGCAUCACUACCAGCACUGAACACAAAGAGGCGGCCCUUGCGAAUAAUCAGUGUACAACGGCGAUGGCACUUCUAGGUCGCCUUACCCGAAAGCUUCUUGCAGUAGGGACAGCAUCUGUCAUCGAAUUUAUGGACCUUCACAUUGGCAAGCCGAUAUUUCGGACACAGCUGACACCGGGUCUGGACACUAGCCAUUGCCCACACACGGUGUUGAGGGUGAGGCAACUAUUCACCGGCGAGAACUGGAUUAUCGACACAACUGGCUGCCAGUAUGGAUUCAGGGAUGUUCUCAUCCCGUACGAGAAAUACCUCGAAGAGAAGGCAUGUCGAAUUAUUGCGGAGCCUGCUACUUACGACGCAGUCGAAACGAAAGACCUCGAUUACUUCUCAACUCUUGAGUUUAUGAACAAGACCCAAGCGCAGAAAAAGGCGAGGGAGGUGGAGAGGCGAGCCCGGUUACACUUCGCUGCCUUCGUUGAUACACGUGUCAACAAUACUAUUCUUGACGGUUCCGCCGGGCACUUUAGAGAUACAGCCGAUAGGCACGAAGCCAUAUCCGGCCGCAUCACGGUCACAGAAGAGAGGAUAUCCUGGAAGAGCCGCAUGAGUACUCUCGCCAGUAUCAUUGGGGAGCCGUAG